AUGACAAGGAAACGGAAAGUUGACAAUUCCGGAGAUGAAGGUGAAGUAAGGAAACCGAAUGGACUAGGUGAAUAUGGAUAUCAAUCCGCUCCUGUUGUGGAAGCAUCGCCUAGCAGUGGUUGUACUCAACAGAAUCCCACGUUUCCCCGUAAAGGGUCUCGUGGAGAUUAUUGGGAAAAUGAAGCAGAUUCGAACCAUUCCUUUCCCACUAAACGAAGCCGACACUUUGGUGGUAGCGACUUCAGAAAAAACUCCGGUCACUAUGAAGGGGAUGAAGAAAUGUCAAGAUCUAGAACUGUCCCUGAGACAGAAACGGAUAAUAGUCGAGAAGAUGAGGGGACUUUUCCCAGUGAAUUGGUUGCCUAUUUGAAAAGUAUUGAACAAAUGAAGCAGCAAGAAGGCCAUAUUGAGAAUAUCGUUUUGGAAAAGUGCGCAGAGGAGUGCUCGGGAGAAGAAGAGAAGCUUCUAUCCUUCAGGGAUUCUUGCAUCAUCGUGGAAAGCGUGUUCGGUUCGUCGCAACACGGAGCAACUCUUUUCCUAUCUGGAUUGUCACGAAUGAAACAUAAACGGCUCUUGAGCCUGUUCUUCUCUGGAAUAUCCGCUCGAACCAUAGAAACGUUGCUUUAUGCACUCCAUCCUGUUAACAACACUCAACAAGUCCAACUCAUUGAAAAGUUUGCUGAACUGUUAUGCGACAACUGGAAAGAUGCUGUAGGCAGUCAACAUUCAUCGUUCCUUAUUCGUUGCCUCGCUAGAGUUGUUUGUGGCCUACCGAGAAAAGACAAGGAAAAGGAGAUGCAGCUAGUUCAACCGAAAGGAAAAGGCAGCGAGGAACUAAAUACCUCUUUAUCUCGCGUUUUUGAACGUAUAACCUUGUUAGCAUUGGACAAUUUAUCCAGCCCAGCCUUGGAAAAUGUUCAUCUUUCCCUUGUCAUACAGGAUGUCCUAGAGGCCGAUAGCAUUGCUAAACAAGGAAAGUCAACAGCAGUUGUGGAAAAACUCCUUGCAAAUUCAAGUGAAAGUGGUGAGAAUCUUCGUCAACUUUGGCAGGGUAAAAAUAGCUCAAGAGUAUGGGAGAAGUUAGUUGUUACAUGCCGUGAAGAGACAUUGCAGUCUUUAUGGGAGACGGUCAUUACCGGACAUGUUUCUGAUCUGGCAUCUCAUCCGUGUGCAAAUUUUCCUUUGCAGAAGUUCUUCGCAAGUGUAAAAACCCUAGAAUUGGCUACGGAUGUUUGUCAUGAAGCAACACCGUUACUCUCCACGUUUCUUUCUAAAAACCGGUGGGGAGUUGCUGAGGCCCUGCUGAAAUGUGCUGCAAGACACGAAGAAUUACAAGCACCGCUGCUGAAGGAAUUGCGGCGCUAUUUCAAAGCAGAUAAGGUGGAUAAGAAGCUGAACUUCUUCUACAAUGUCAUCACACUAAAUGGAUACAACGGAGAAACUUUGAAUGUCGGAGCGUGCAAUCUACAUGGAUGUCUGUUAAUGGAAGUAUUACUUUCAUUCAAGAAAACUAAGACACUAACCGCAUGUUUGGAGGCACUUUCACCCGGUGAUAUAGUGCAGCUGGCGAAGAAUAACCGCGCUUCUCAUGUCCUGCAGGCUGUUUUCAAGAGUCCCACGAUUGAUGAAAAUGUAAAAGAAAAACUAAUUUCUGCGUUUGAAAGUGAUUGGGGAUCUCUAAUUUCGGAUGUCUAUGGCAGUCAUGUGUUUGAGACGAUCUGGGAUUGUUCCGUUUUCAACGUGAAGAGACGUCAGGAUCUGAUGAAGAAACUCGUCCCAAUCCAUAACGACUCAAAGUUCUGGAAAUUUGCAAUGCUGCGAUGUGACAUGUACCUGUUCCGAAAGGACAGAAAAGCAUGGGUGGAGAAAAUGAAGAAGUCAGUGAAGAGAUCAAAGCAAUAA